GCGGGAGUUUGGGGGGCGGGGCCUGGUCGCCCGACCGAGGGCCGCCCGGGGCCUGGCCUGCGGGGUACUGUGUGGCUUUUGCGGUUGCUGAGGAGCACUUCGGGCUUCCCGGGGACCGAAGGUGGUGAGUAACUAAUGAAGUUUCUGAAGAGUCGCAAGAUGACAGCUCUGCUAAAUGCAUUAUCUGCAAAGACCCCGUUAGUCCACGCAGCGAUCUAUGAUGCACUGGAUUCACAUGUUCUCGGCCAGCCUGAGCUACCGGAGCAGGAAACCGUCUCAAACAAACAAAACCAGUGCUUUUGUACUGGUGGGAUUUACAUUUUGGAUCCUCUAACUAUUGUGUUGAGAAAACAAAACAAAACAGAAUUUAGAAGGUAUCACCAGCAUCUAGGAAGCUUGAGCAAUGUUCCAGUUAUAUUGCUGUACAAGGAAUCCUCCCAGUCCCUAGCUCAAGAAGAGGUCUAAGCGCAUAGAUCAAUGGUCAGAUAUCCUGCUGCAAGCAACCUGUAGCUACCCGGGAACUGUGGAUUUGCUCUUUGAUGCUCCAUGGAGACAGGAAGCCCUGGGCUGAACAUGAAGCCCAAGUCAUUGCAGCUAGUGCUGGAGGAACAGGUCCUGGCACUGCAGCAGCAGAUGGCAGAGAACCAGGCUGCCUCUUGGCAGAAGCUGAAGAACUCCCAAGAGGCCCAGAAGAGGCAAGCAACCCUUGUGAGAAAGCUGCAGGCCAAGGUUUUACAGUACCGGAGCUGGUGCCAAGAGCUGGAGAAGCGGCUAGAAGCUACUGGAGGGCUGAUCCCUCAGCGGUGGGAAGGUGCAGAAGAGCCAACCCUGGAACAGCUGCUGGUCCGAUUGGAGGAGGAGCAGCAGAGGUGAUGGACCCCAGCUUUCCUGAUCUGAGUGAUCGUGCAGAGGGAAAGGCUGGUGGGAAACUUCUGCUCCAGAGUGAACGUGUGGGUGGAAAAGUGCUGGGCAUGGCGGUUCACAUGGGUAACAUGAGGCAGGCAGAAAGCAAAAUGAGAGGGAGGGAGGUGCCUCUUGGAAUCUUGUGUCCUGAUGAUGGAAAGUUCCAUUCACUGCCUUACUCCCCAGACCUUUAUUCUGCACUUGUUCCUACUGGUUCCCAGUGCAGGUGCGAGAGUCUAGUGGAGGUGAACACGGAGCUUCGACUGCACAUGGAGAAAGCUGAUGUGGUGAACAAAGCCCUUCAGGAAGAUGUGGAAAAAUUGACAGUGGACUGGAGUCGGGCCCGGGAUGAGUUAACGAGGAAGGAGAGCCAGUGGCGGAUGGAGCAGGAGUUCUUCAAGGGCUAUUUGAAAGGUGAACAUGGCCGUCUGCUCAAUCUGUGGCGUGAGGUAGUGACCUUCCGACGUCACUUCCUGAAAAUGAAGUCAGCUACUGACAGAGAUCUGACAGAGCUAAAGGCUGAACACGCCAGGCUUUCGGGGUCCCUGCUGACCUGUUGUCUGCGCUUGACCGUGAGAGCACAGGCUCGUGAAUCCAGUGGAUCUGGGAGAACAGAGGAGAGUGAGCCCGCCCGGCUGCUGCUGCUAGUAGCUAAGGCCCAGGCGCUGGAGAAGGAAGCCCAUGAAAAGAGCCAGGAAUUAAUACAGCUGAAGAGUCAAGGGGAUCUGGAGAAGGCUGAGCUGCAGGACCGAGUGACAGAGCUCUCUGCUUUGCUGACCCAGUCUCAGAAGCAAAAUGAAGAUUAUGAGAAGAUGGUAAAGGCUCUAAGAGAAACAGUGGAGAUGCUGGAGACAAACCAUGCAGAGUUAAUGGAACAUGAGGUGUCUCUCAGUAGGAGCGCUCAAGAGGAAAAGUUGUCUCUGCAGCAUGUGAUCAAGGAUAUAGCCCAGGCGCUGACCUCAGUGGAAGAAGAGGACACUGUGACUCACAGCUCAGAUCAUGAGAGCUCAUUGCAGUUGGGCAGUAGUGGCUUCUCCCCAUUUGAUCCUCAGAACCCAGACAAGGCUCUUACUCUGGUGCGUUCAGUGUUGACUCGGAAACAGCAGGCUGUGCAGGACCUCAGGCAGCAGCUUUCAGGCUGCCAGGAGACUAUGAGCUUCUUGCAGCAGCAGCACGAUCAGUGGGAGGCGGAGGGUGAAGCCCUGAGAGAAAGGCUGUACAAGCUCACUGGGGAGCGGGAUGCUCUGGCAGGGCAGACUGCGGACCUCCAGGGAGAGGUGGAUGCCCUCAGCAAGGAGCGAGAGCUGCUGCAGAAGGCCAGGGGAGAGCUGCAGCAGCAGCUGGAAGUUCUGGAGCAGGAAGCAUGGCGACUGCGAAGAGUCAACACGGAGCUGCAGCUGCAAGGGGACUCUGCUCAGGGGGAGAGGCAGGAGCGGCAGGAGGAGCUGCACAUGGCUGUCCGUGAGAGGGAGCGUCUUCAGGAGAUGCUGGUGAGCCUGGAAGCCAAGCAAUCGGAGUCUCUAAGUGAGCUGAUCGCCCUUCGAGAAGCCCUGGAGUCCAGUCGCCUGGAGGGGGAGCUGCUGCGGCAGGAGCAGGUGGCAGUGACUGCAGCCUUGGCCAGGGCAGAGCAGUCCAUUGCAGAGCUGUCAGGUUCCGAGAGCAGCCUGAAGGCAGAGGUAGCUGAUCUUAGAGCCGCAACUGUCAAGCUUGGGGCCUUAAACGAGGCUUUGGCUUUAGAUAAAGUUGGGCUGAACCAGCAGCUUCUCCAGCUGGAGCAGGAGAACCAGUCUGUGUGCAGCAGAGUGGAGGCGGCUGAGCACUUGAGAAGCGCUUUGCAGGUGGACCUGGCAGAGGCAGAACGGUGCAGGGAAGCCCUGUGGGAGAAGAAGACUCAGCUGCAGACUCAGCUGCAGAAGGCAGAGGAAGCAGGGGCUGAGCUUCAGGCAGAACUGAAGAGCAUCCGGGAAGAAAAGGAAGAACUCAAAGAGAAAUUAAGUGAGGCUCAUCACCAGCAAGAAGCAACUGCAGCUCAGCUGGGGCAGCUGCAUCAGGAUGCUGAGCGACAGGAAGAAACCCUUGCUAGAGCAGUCCAGGAGAAAGAGGCCCUUGUACGGGAGAGGGCAGCUCUCGAGGUGCGCCUGCAGGCUGUGGAGCGGGACCGACAGGACCUCACUGAGCAAGUUCUGGGGCUCAGGUCAGCCAAGGAACAACUGGAGAGCAGUCUCUUUGAGGCCCAACAGCAAAAUUCUGUGAUAGAGGUCACCAAGGGACAGCUGGAGAUCCAGGUUCAAACUAUUACUCAAGCCAAGGAAGUAAUUCAAGGGGAAGUGAAGUGUCUGAAACUGGAACUGGAUGCCGAGAGGAGCCGGGCUGAGCAGGAGCGGGAUGCAGGAGCCAGGCAGCUCGCCCAAGCUGAGCAGGAGGGGCAGACAGCGCUGGAGCGGCAGAAGGUGGCCCAUGAGGAGGAGUUGAACAGGCUCCAAGAGAAGUGGGAGAAAGAGUGCUCCUUGCUUCAGCAGGAGCUGGAGAAGACCCUGGAGACUCUAGAAAGGGAGAGAAAGGAGCUGGAAGUGAGGCUGAGAGAGCAACAGAUAGAAACUGAAGCUGUCCGUGCACAGAGGGAAGAGGAACGAACCCACGCUGACAGCACUCUGUACCAAAUGCAGCUAGAAACAGAGAAGGAGAGAAUGUCCCUCCUGGAAACACUGCUACAGACCCAGAAGGAGUUAGCAGAUGCUACCCAGCAGUUGGAAAGGCUGAGGAAGGACAUGAAGAUUCAGAAAUUACAGGAACAGGAGGCCACUGACAUGCUGCAGACCCAGCUUCGGGGAGCACAGCAGGAGCUGAAGGAGGCAACCCAGCAGCACAGGGAGGAGCACGCUGCCUUCCAGAAGGACAGGGCAGACCUGCAGAAACAGGUAGAGGACUUGAAGUCUCAACUGGUAACCCAGGAUGACUCCCACAGGCUGGUGAAACAAGAGAUUCAAGAGAAGAUGAAAGAGGCUCAGGAAUGUAGCCGGAUUCAGAAGGAACUCGAGAAAGAGAAAGCCAGCCUGGCACUGUCGCUGGUGGAAAAGGAAGGAAGACUCCUCGUUUUACAAGAAGCUGACUCUGUUCGACAGCAGGAGCUGAAUUCCCUGCGUCAGGACAUACAGGAGGCCCAGGAAGGACAGAGAGAGCUCGGUGUACAGGUGGAGCUCCUGAGGCAGGAGGUGAAGGAAAAGGAGGCUGACUUUGUGGCCCGGGAAGCACAGCUGCUAGAGGAGCUGGAGGCCUCACGAAUCACAGAGCAGGAGCUGCGAGCUUCUUUGUGGGCCCAGGAGACCAAGGCAACCCAACUGCAGCUGCAGCUGCGCAGCACUGAGAGCCAGCUGGAGGUACUGGCUGCAAAACAGCAGCCAGAGAACCAGGCCCAGGCCCAGCUGGCUAGCCUUUACUCUGUUCUGCAGCAGGCCCUGGGGUCUGCGUGUGAAAGCCGACCUGAGCUGAGGGGUGGGGGCGACUCUGCUCCCUCCCUCUGGGGCCCUGAGCCAGAUCAGAUUGGAGCUAGGAGACCCUUUAAGAGAGGUCCCCUCCUGACCGCACUGUCAGCGGAGACUGUAGCGUUGGCUCUCCAGAAGCUUCAUCAAGACCUGAGGAAGGCUCAGCAGGCCCGGGAUGACCUGAGGGACCAGAUCCAGAAGCUGACCCAGCACCUGACUGAUACAGAGGCCCAGAAGAGCCAGGUCCACUCAGAGCUGCAGGACCUGCAGAAACAGCUCUCACAGAGCCAGGAAGAGAAAUCCAAGUGGGAAGGGAAGCAGAGCUCCCUGGAGUCUGAGCUAAGGGACUUGCAGGAGACUGUGGCAUCCUUGCAGAGUCGCCUACGGCAGGCAGAGCUGCAGAAAACAGAAGCUCAGAAUGAGCGAGAGUUGCUUCAGGCAUCCAAGGAGAAGCUGACAACCCAGGUUGAACGUCUGCAAGCAUGUGUUGCAGAAGCCCAGGCUCAAGCAAGUGCAGCCUGUGUCCUGGAAGAAGAUCUGCGAACAGCUCGCUCAGCGCUAAAACUGAAAAAUGAGGAGGUAGAGAGCGAGCGGGAGAGAGCCCAGGCUUUGCAAGAGCAAGGUGAGCUAAAGGUGGCCCAGGGGAAAGCUUUGCAGGAGAAUCUAACCCUGCUGGCCCAGACCCUGUCUAACAGAGAACGGGAGGUGGAGACACUACAGGCUGAGGUCCAGGAGCUGCAGAAGCAGCGGGAAAUGCAGAGGGCAGCUCUGGAGCUGCUUUCCCUGGACCUGAAGCAGCGGAGCCAAGAGGUAGACCUGCAGCAAGGACAGAUUGAGGAGCUGGAGAAGUGCAGGUCCGUCUUAGAGCACCUGCCCAUGGCCGUCCAGGAGCAGGAGCAGCAGCUGAGUGCGCAGCGGGACCAGAUCCGAGACCUGGAGAAAGACCGGGAGGCCCAGCGGAGUGUCUUGGAGCAUCAGCUCCUGGACCUGGAGAAGAAGGCUCAGGUGAUUGAGUCCCAGCGGGGACAGAUUCAGGACCUGAAAAAGCAGCUGGUGACACUGGAGUGCCUGGCCCUGGAACUGGAAGAAAGCCAACACAAAGUGGAGAGCCAGCAGCAGGUGAUUGCAGAGCUGGAGAGCCAGAGGGAGAUGCAGAGGGUGGCACUAACUCACCUCACACUGGACCUGGAAGAGAGGAGCCAGCACCUGCAGGCACAAAGCAGCCAGCUCCACGAGCUGGAAAGCCAAGGCACCCAUCUGGCGAGAGAGCUGCAGGAGAGAGACCAGGAGGUGACGGCUCAGCGCCAGCAGAUUGAGGAGCUGCAGAAGCAGAAGGAGCAGCUGACUCAGGACCUGGCAAGGAAAGGCCAGGAGCUGAUGCUGCAGAAGGAGAGGAUUCAGGUCCUGGAAGACCAGAGGACGCUGCAGACCAAGAUUUUAGAGGAGGACCUGGAGCAGAUCAAGCAUUCCUUGAGAGAGCGCGGCCAGGAGCUGGCCUCUCAGCGGCAGGGGAUGCACGAGCGGGCGGACGAUGUGAAGAGCCCGAGUAAAGCCCAGCGCGGGAGCCUGGAACACUUGAAACUGAUUCUGCGAGAGAAGGAGAAGGAGGUGGAGUGCCAGCAGGAGCGCAUCCGGGAACUUGAGGAGCACACGGGCCAGCUGGAGCAGCAGCUCCAAGGCCUGCACAGGAAGAUGGCUGAGACUGGCCUGCUCCUGACCCACCGAGAGCAGGAGGUGGCAACCCUGCAGCGGCACCUCCAGGAGGCCAAGGAGCAAGGGGGGCAGAAGGAGCAGGCACUCCAGGGUCAGCUGGGGGAGGCCCAGAGAGCUCUGGCCCAGAGGGACCAGGACCUGCAGGCCCUUCAGCAGGGACAGCAGCAGGCCCUGGCCCAGGAGGAAAGCAUGAAGCAAAAGGCAGGUGCUCUGCAGGCUGCCCUGGAGCAGGCCCAGGCGACACUGAGGGAGCGGCAGGGGGAGCUGGAAGAGCACAGGCAGCAAGUGCAGAGGCUCCAGGAAGAGCUGGCCAUGGGGGCGCGGCAGGUGGGGGCCCUGGAGGAGGUUUUGGGAGACCUAAGGGCUGAGGCUCGGGAACACGAGAAGGCUGUGCUGGCCCUUCAACAGCGGUGUGCUGAGCAGGCACAGGAGCAUGAGGCGGAAGCCAGGGCCCUGCAGGACAGCUGGCUGAAGGCCCAGGCCACACUCACAGAACAAGAACAAGAGCUAGCGGCUCUGCGGGCAGAGAAUCAGUAUUCCCGCCACCAGGAGGAGGCUGCUUGGGGCCAGGCGGAGGCUCUGCAGGAGGCCCUCAGCAAAGCCCAGGCUGCCCUGCAGGACAAAGAGCAGAGUCUCCUUGAGCAGGCUGAAUUGAGCUGCACUCUGGAGGCCAGCACUACCACCUUACAAGCUACCCUGGACAACUGCCAGGCACGUGCCAGACAGCUAGAGGAGGCCCUGAAGAUACGAGAAGGUGAGAUCCAGGCCCAGGCUGUCCAACACCAGGAGGUUAUGCAGCAGCUUCAGCAGGCCCUUUCCCAGAAGGAAGAAAAGUUGAGGCAGCAGGAGGAGCAGGGGCAGCUGCUGGAAGAGGCUCUGGCCCAGAGGAGUCAAGAAAAUGGGAUCCAAGAAAAGCAAAGUCUAGAGCAAGAGAGAGAAGAGGAGACAGGGGCCCUAGUGGAGAGCCUAAGGGAGCUACAACUGACUCUAGCCCGAAAGGAAGAAGAGAUUUUGAUGCUGAAGGAGGCCCAGCAAAGGCAGAGUCUAGAGACCUUUUCCCCAAGCCACAGAGCCUUCCCAGCAGAGAAGCCAGCUCCACAAUUGUCCCAGGAAUUGGAACGACUGCAGAAUGCCCUGAGGCAGACAGAGGCCAGGGAGAUCGAGUGGAGGGAGAAGGCUCAGGACUUGGCACUGUCCCUGGCCCAGAGCAAGGCCAGCAUCAGCAGUCUGCAGGAGAUUGCCAUGUUUCUACAAGCCUCUGUCCUAGAGCGGGAAUCAGAACAACAAAGGCUGCAGGAGGAGUUGGUGCUUAGCAGACAGGCUCUGGAGGAGCAGCAGUCACAUGGCCUACAUUCAACCAGCAGCGCAGACCAGGGGCCCAACGCUGGACAAGACAUGCAGCCGGGAAAGGUAGCUGUGGCUGAGCCUAGUCCUGGGGUGGAGGAGAAGGAACAGUGGACGCGAAGGCUUGAACGUCUACAGCAAGCAGUGGCACAGCUGGAAUUUGACCGGAGCAAGCUACAGCACCACAAUGCGCAGCUGCGGACUACCUUAGAGCAGGUAGAGCGAGAACGGAGGAAGCUGAAGAGGGAUUCCAUGCGCGCAUCCCGAGCAGCGUCACUGGAGAUGAGAGAAGCUAUGGCUUCAUCCCCCGUACAGCAGGAUGGAAGAGGAGGUCAGAGGGAUUCCUCGGAUAGCAUGCGUGUGGCUGAGCUUCAGAGAGAGGUGGCCCAGCUGCGAGCCCAGUUGGCGUUGGAGCGAAAGCAGAGACAGGACUACAUUGCGCGAUCUGUGCAGACCAGCCGCGAGCUGGCAGGCCUGCGUCACAGCCUGUCUCACUCCCUCCUCACAGUGGCCCAGGACCCCGAGGCCACGGUUCUGGAGGCUGAGACCCGAAAGCUGGAUGAGUCCCUGAGUCAGAGUCUGACAUCCCCAGGGCCGCUCCUGCUACAUCCUAGUCUGGACGCUGCUCAAACUACCCCCAGGUAGCAGCUAUAGCCAGGGCAGAACAUAGGCCAGCGAGGUGGUACACAUUGGACAACUGCUACAGGUUUGCCAAAGGCAAGAUUUAGCUCUGCUACCCAACUAGGAGGCCCAGGUCAGCUGACAGUCCCAGGAAGAAAAUGGAGAGGUCACAGUUCCCAUGGGAAUGAGGCAAAUCACAUUUGCUUGCUAACCCCCUGUUACCCAAGAAGUGCCUUGCCCUGACUAUGGGGUAUCUAUUGUCUUUCUGCCUGUUGGAGCAACCACAGUCUACACUGAGCCUGAAGGCCCUGCUGGCACCAGCAGCACGUAGGUACUUGGUCCUGGGCAGGAGCACCCUCAAUGCAUCUAGUGCAGGGAGUGACCACUGCCUUCUUGGCUUCGGUGUAUCCCUCACCCUCCCCUUCAGCAGGGAACCCCAGGCUUCUGCAUUCGUGCUUGGCUGCUGUCUCCACUUCUGGAGAUGGGCAGAAGCAGGACAUCAAGAGAAUUUAGGAACAUACUGUAUGGUAUGCUGUCUAACUGGGAAGGUUCCAGAGGAAAAUCCUGGUCCAGCCUCAAGUGUGACUGAUAAGAACCAUGGAACAAGUCUGGUGAGAUGCUGGGCACUUGCUGCCAAGCCUGGCAAUAUGAGUUCUGUCCUCCAUCCCACAAGAUGGAAGAAAAACUGCCCUCUGACCUCCACACAUGUGCGAUAGAACAGGCCCUGCAUAUGCAUAUACAUGUAAACAAAAAGAGAACCAAGUAACACAUUAACGAUUCGGAGACACAUGAGACAUGUAGAGACGUGUACUGUAGAGGUGCCAAGGGAGUGAUGGCGUCACCCACUGACCCUUGAGGGAUGGAGUUGUUGAGAGUGCUGCUAAACACGUAGUGGGGAACGACUCUAUCUGUGGCAAAGGUGGACCAAGGCUAGAGGCUGGAUUACAGCAGGCCUCUAGUUCCAACACAAACAGUGACCAUCCACUAUGUUUCUUUAUCUUUACCUAAAUCAAGCUCUUUGACUUUUAACCAAAGUCAGCCUUGA